AUGCGGAAAUGUCGACUUCGCUGUCAUGGUGUUCGUGACAUGUGGUGCGGUUCAUGGAUUAAGCAAGGGAUUCAGGUAUCAUCUGUUAAUCGUGUUCUUAGAAACAUGCAAAAUGAUUUGAGAUUUCCAGCACUUGAGGACAACAGUACAGCUCCGCUGACACCAGCCUUCACAGCCAGAGAAAGAGAGGAAACUAACUGCAGUGCAUUCAAACUUGUGUCUGGUGCUGCCUCCAUCAUGAAAUCUGAGUUUCAGAAGAAUCAACCAAUUAACUCUCAGCAAAGAAACAGGACUGUCUUCACUCAGGACCAGUCAGAAAUUCUAGAAAAAGAGUUUAUGAAGAUCCAGUACCCUGAUAUAUUCACCCGUGAAAAACUUUCAACAGACACAGGGCUUCCAGAAUCUACAGUCAGGGUCUGGUUUUCAAACAGAAGAGCCAAAUUACGACGUGAAGAAAAACAGAAAUCUGAAAGUUUGCUUAAAGGCAUGGCUUCCAUCUGUGAGACUGAAAUUGUGCCUGCAGCGGUAUGUGGGUCACUUUCUGUACAUUCAACAUCAGCUCCAUUUCUUCCUACACAGAACAGUAUGUCGCUAUCUCUUCCCAUUGCAAAAAGCACUUCAUUUCCGGCUUUUUGUGGAACUAGAGUGCCACGUUCAUUUCCUGUCAUGAGCAGUACUGCUGCCAUUCCUGUUCACCUUUCCAGCACAGAGUUUUGGUGUGACAAACAAAUGCAGCCCUUAACAUUUUGCAAUUAUAUUUCAUGGUAUGACAGUUACCAACAAGCAAGUUAUCAAUACCUGUAA